GCAAGUGUGUGGAUCUAACCGACCUACCCGCCGUCGUGUGCCCUUUAAAGUGGCGCUUGGGGGAGGUCUACGAUGUCUCACUUGCUCGACUCUCCGCGAUUAACCACCUACACGUGCGAGAUCCGACGCUGUGAUUCGUCGCCUAUCAUCAGCCUUCAGCCUCGUGAACAGUAAUCCACUAGAACAUGAGGGAGUACCCAGUAGCUUAAGAAGCUCGUAAGCCGCCGCCGACUCACUUGUGGUUAUUUUUGAAUUAGAUUGUUCUAUGUUCGGGAAGAUUCGUUCAGGACUCAGGAAUCUGUAGCAAGUUUUAUUGGUCCCUAGGCGGACAGCUAGCCCUGUUUGACGUCCGCCGUCGAUCAUUUUGAUCAAUUUUCGAAUCUACAGUUGACAAUGACGGAAUUGUCACACCGUUGAACACGACAGCUUUGCAAUUUCUCUCCUACUUACACCCUGGCUAUGCGACUUGUUUUCCCCCUUCAUCACUUAUAGCUCUCUGAGAGCACCGUUCACGGUCAAAUAUGGUUCCUGGAAAAUCAACCUGGUUAUGGACGGUUCCCGGCCUGCUGGCGACUUUCGUCAUAGGUGCGCCAACUACCGGAAACCAAUACGUCCUGCAGGCAGGUAAAGAUGGUAGCCCACUCGCAUCGCAGCGCAAGUUGCACGGCAGGUUCCUUCAUAUAACAGAUCUACACCCUGACGAAUUCUAUAAAGUCCACACAUCUACGGAGGAGAAUAUCGCAUGCCAUCGAGGCCAUGGCCCGGCUGGCACUUAUGGCGCAGAAACUUCUGAUUGCGAUUCUCCCCUAGCACUGGUAGAUGCGACCCUCGAUUGGAUUACCGCCAAUUUGAAAGACUCGAUUGAUUUUGUCGUUUGGACUGGCGACUCUGCCCGCCAUGACAGCGAUGAGAAGACGCCCCGCCAUAAUAAAGAUAUUCUGGCCAUGAACCGCAGGAUUGCGGAUUCAUUUGUCAAAACAUUUUCUGACGAUAGUGGAUUAGUAGUCCCUGUCGUCCCAACAUUUGGCAACAAUGAUAUAUACCCGCACAACGUAUUAAUGCCAGGUCCGAACGACAUUUUGAGGGCCUAUACCGACGUUUGGAAACCCUUCAUCCCGGAAGAUCAGCGACACUCAUUUGAAUUUGGAGGCUGGUUCUACGUUGAGGUUAUCCCCAACAAGCUCGCCGUCUUCAGUCUCAACACCUUAUACUUCUUCGAUCGCAAUGCAGGGGUUGACGAUUGUGCGCACCCAAGCGAGCCCGGAUACCAGCAUUUUGAAUGGUUACGAGUCCAACUUCAAUUCAUGCGAGAGCGCGGGAUGAAGGCUAUCCUUAUGGGACAUGUUCCUCCAGCUAGAACUUCUGGAAAGCAAUUGUGGGAUGAGACAUGCUGGCAGAAAUACACCCUCUGGCUACAGCAGUAUCGCGAUGUCGUCAUCAACUCCCUAUAUGGUCACAUGAACAUUGACCAUUUUCUUCUACAAGAUACCAAAGAGAUUGACUUUUCCUAUAUUGUAGCUCAGUCUAAUCAAUUGGCAAACGUUCGCGAGUCUUUGGGGGAUGAGAUUUCAACUGAAUCCAGCAAAGAUUACCUCAUGGAAUUGCGAGAAGACUGGGCCAAACUGCCAGACCCCGUUCAGGGCCAGGACUUUGAAGAAUCCAAGAAAAAGAAGAAGGGCAACAAAAAGAAGAAGCUCGGAGGACCAUGGGCAGAGCGAUACCAGCUCACUCUCAUCAGCCCUAGCGUCGUUCCUAAUUAUCUCCCAACUCUUAGGGUCUUCGAGUACAACAUUACCGGUAUCGAGGAUACUCCCACAUGGGUAGAUACUGUCCGCAAGUCAGGUGUGCAAAGUGCUUCCGCGUCUGACCAUGAAGUGCAUUCACUGGAAUUACGCAGCGAGCCCGACAUGGAGAUUGAGAAGAAGAAGAAAAAGAAGAAGGGAAAGCAUGGCAAAGACCCCGACAUUCCCAUCCCAGACGCGCCAGCAAAGGGAAGUCUACCAGGUCCAGGAUACUAUCCCCAACCUUUAACACUCAAAGGCUACAUCCAAUACUAUGCCAACUUGACCGUAAUCAACAACGACAUUACCGCGGACGACGUUGGAAAGGAUGAAUUAUCGUCCUCUAAAUGGGACGCAGGAAAGCACAAGGAUAAGAAGCCAAAACACGCCAAACCCCAACCCAAGGAGUUUCACUACGAGGUCGAAUAUACCACUUUUGACGACAAGAUCUACAAGCUGAAAGACUUGACCGUCAGGAGUUUAUUGAGACUCGCCCACAGGAUAGGGCAAACCUCUGCCCAGUCCACCGGACUUAGCGAGGAGGAAUACGAUGAAUAUGAAGAGGAUACGUAUGAUGAAGUAGAAGAUGUGGAGUCCAGCGACGAAGAAGAGGACGACGAUAUCGAAGCUGAGAAGAAGAAAAAGAAAAAGAAGAAGAAGAAGGGGGGCCACGAGAUGAAGAACACGAAGAUAUGGCUCCAUUUUCUGAAGCACGCGUUCGUCAGCACGAAAAGCGUUGACGAGCUCAAAGAUCUCAAAUAAGCCCCAAAGAGAAGGAUAGCUUUUUUGUCAUAGUUGGUAAAGGGGGGCUAGAUUUAAACCUAACCCUAGGUAGGGAGUUUUUGUCUUUCUUUUUUUUCGCAUGGCAUGAGAGCGGCGCACUAGGUAUAGGGGGUAUGAUAACUACGAUAAUAGACGUUGGUAGCAACGAACGUCUUUGGAUGAAUGAUUGGAAGCGGCCACUGCAUGGCGGAUUUGGUAUAUAUAUGCUUCAUACGCAACCGCAUUGCACUGCAUCGCAUCGCAUUAGAUAGCAUUUACGCAUCUAGAUCCUAGAGUUAGACUAGGACGAAUGGUGUUGGGGCGAUGAGCAUGGGGAGCUACCUGUUUUGAAGAUGUUGGAGGUGCGUCUUUUUUUGGUUCGGUUCGACGACUAUGUACGAGAUAGCAAGCAUCAUUUACCAAGACACGUAUUUACGAAAACUGAACAUAGUUACGA